CCUUUUUAACCUCCCAAUGACGAUAAAAACUGACCGCGCGUUUUAUAAGAAAACUAAAAGCAAUGCCAUUAUAAAACUUGUGAGAGAACAAUACUUACGCACAGACAUUCCUUGUCUUUCAGAAGCAUGCUCAUCGUGUCGACGUGAAGGUCCUCUUUUAAGCGCAGCUGCACAACAUUAUAUCAUACCAGACACCUCGGUGAUUAUGCGUUACAUGGAAAUUUUAGAGGCAGAAGAAAUAACUGGACUAAUUUUAAGCCAAACUGUUACUAUUCAUCUUCAACAACACGAUAAGAUGAAAACAUACCGUAAACUUCGUCAAAUAACCAAUGAUUCUCGACGAAAGAGCGUCAUGUUUUAUAACGAAAUUUGUGAGGCCACCAAAGUCCUAAGAGAACCGGAAGAAUCCGCACUAGACCGUGAUUGGCGAGCCCAUUGUAAAAUGGCUCGUUGGUAUGAUCAGCACCUUCAUCACCAAAAAUCCAUUAUUCUCCUCUCCGAAAUACCUCACGAGAACACAACCGAUGUUACUGUCAUGACAAUGAAGCAAUACCUUGACAUUUAUUUCCCUGACAAUGAAUUAUUGCAAAAUCUUGUUCAAGUCCUGGCUGAUGUAGUUCUGGAAGAUGAGGAUGACAACAAGAUCAAAAUCAGCACAAAGCGUGGUCAUCAUGAUGUCGCUGUAUCCGGUUAUGCAGAGUAUAAAUCUAUGCAAGAAUUGGAAGUUGGUAUUAAAUCUGCUCGUUAUUUCUCGGGCAUCUUGCGUUGUAGAAAAGAUAGUCGUGAUCAGGCCUACGUGACCGGUCAACUCGGUAAAGACAUACUCAUUAUCGGUAAUGACAAUCGUAACCGUGCAGUGCAUGGUGAUGUCGUGGUUGUUGAUUUGCUAUCUGAAAAUAAUUGGACUACGCCAUCAAGUGAAAUCGCAUUCAAUAGCAGUAACGCAGAAGAUGAAUUUGAAGAGGAUAGAUUCACGAAUGCUAGUGUAUCAAAUCAGCCUACGGGCCGUGUGAUUGGUAUAUUAAACCGCAACUGGAGAUCCUAUGUAGCUACACUUCAAGAAGACAGUGCUGAAGUCGGAGGAUCCAUUCAUCUCGCUAUCCCACUGGAUCCCGUUAUUCCCAAAAUUAGAAUUCGAUAUCAUGAGGUAAAACUCAUUGAAAACCAACGUAUCGUUGUUCGCAUUGAUAACUGGCCAAUCUCUUCUCAAUAUCCAAAUGGCCAUUUUGUAAGAUCUUUAGGCCCUAUCCAUCAAUUAGAUACAGAAAUAUCUGCCAUCUUGGUAGAGCAUUCUAUUUCAGUGUCUCAAGCGAGUCAAGGUUUUAGCCAAGCCUCUUUAAAUGAAAUGCCCAUCGAUACUCCUCAAGCCCCGUGGAGACCUGAAGAAGAAGAGGUGAAAAACAGAAGGGAUUUAAGGGACUUGACAGUUUUUAGUAUUGAUCCUCCUAACUGUCAAGAUAUUGAUGAUGCAUUGUCUGUAAAGGAGCUUGCAGAUGGAAAGAUAGAGUUGGGUGUUCAUAUUGCAGAUGUAAGUUAUUUUGUCAAAGAGGACUCGAUGACCGACCUUGAAGCUAGAUCCAGGGGAACAACUGUGUAUUUAGCAGAUAGACGCUUCGAUAUGCUUCCUUCAGUUCUCAGUGAAAGAGUAUGUUCUUUACGCCACCACGUCGAUCGAUAUUCUGUCUCUGUCAUUUGGACUAUGGAUAAGAAUUACAAGGUCAUUAACACCUGGUUUGGAAGGACCAUAAUCAAUUCGACGUGUGAAAUGGAGUACGAACAAGCACAGCAGCUAUUAGAUGGUAAAUCUGUGGCAACAGGAUUAGAUCCAACCUUGUGUAAGAAAUUAAAACCUUGCGUAACAAAACUUGCGCAAGUGCUUCGUGUCAUUAGGGAUAAAAGAUUGGCUAAAGGCGCUUUGGAACUGGAAGGAUCCGAAAUCAAGUUCAAAAUCACAGACAAACAUGAAAUUACUGAUAUUAUUCCCAAAGAUAGUAUGGAAAUUCAUGGAUUGGUCGCAGAAGCCAUGAUUUUAGCUAACGCUUCAGUUGGAAAACGAAUUUAUGACGGUUACAAAGAUGCCGCAAUUCUUAGACACCAUCCGCCUCCUACCCAAGGUCAAUUUGAAAGAUUGGUUAAAGCGGCCAAAAGCAGAGGAUUUUCUGUAGAUUUCUCCUCCAAUAAAGCGUUGGCAAAAUCGUUAGAGGCUAUCACCAUGGGCUGUAAAGAGGAUCCAGAAAUUGCCAAAUUGUUAAAGACGAUGGCAACUAUUGCCAUGAAUGAAGCUGGAUACAUUUCGUCAGGACAUUAUCCUGUAGAUCAGUAUUACCAUUAUGGUCUUGCCUUGGAGUUCUAUACUCAUUUCACCUCACCAAUUCGUCGAUACGCCGAUGUUGUAGCGCAUCGUCAAUUACUGAUGUGCGUACAAGACCCGAUCGCCGUCAAUAGUACACGAGGAUCUGUUAUGUUUAAAGAUGGAACAAUUGCUGAUAUUUGCAACCAUUUGAACUUGAAAUCCAGGGAAUCCAAAUUUGCUCAAAGGGACUCAACCGAGUUGUUUCAAAGUCUUUACGUUUUACAACAUACGUCCGAUGAAGUACAGCUCAUCGAAAGAGGUGUCAUUUCAGAAAUCAGAUCCAAUGGAUUUUACGUUUUUGUCCCAAGACUUGGGUUAAAAGGCCCAGUCUAUCUGAAAGAAAAAGAUGGUUCGCCUAAUGUUCCGUUAUCUUUGAUAUCCGGCAAACAAGACAAUGGAGAGACGAUACCCGAUUGUCAAAUCGAGGUGAAUUUACCAACCCAUAUAUCUGUGACCUCGGCCAAUUUGCCUCGUCCUAUUCAGUUUAAUCUGUUUGAUAAUGUCAGAGUCUCACUCAAGCUUCGCAAAUCACAUGCACAUCGUCAUAUGGUGUAUAUGACGCUUGUCGAUUUAGAGCAUGUUCAGUUGAAAAAUCAUCGGUUGACAAACACCGAAAUGAUGCAUGCUAUUGAAACAGAAGAACAGAAAGAGACCGUUAAAAAACCUUCCUCAAAAAAGAAAAAGCAGGUGUCCAUGUAUCAAGUUUUGGAAAAGUUUAGAAAAUUAGCAAUUAUCGAAAAUACAGCCAAUGUUUGAAAAAAUAAAAUUUUCUGCUGAGCCAUUUUUUUGUGUUACU